CUUCAUUUUUUUAUUGGUUUAUCUUUGAUAUACUUUUACUGUGAAUAUAUUGUUUAUUAUGUUAUUCAAAUACAGUGCGGAUGGCCGGCUAUUACGAAAAAACCAAUAGAUGGGCUAAAGCCAGUGCAAGCUAUGGUUCUAGCAGAUACUCACUUGCUCGGUUCUCGAAACGGGCAUUGGUUUGAUAAAUGGAGACGAGAAUGGCAGAUGCACAGAGCUUUUCAAACAGCUAUGACUUUACAUCAACCAGAAAUAGUUUUUGUUUUAGGAGAUUUAUUUGAUGAGGGUAAAUGGUGUUCACAAAAAGAAUUUGAUGAGUAUGUCAAGACAUUCUUCAAUUUAUUUAAAGUACCAGAUGGUACAACUAUGUAUUUUGUGGUUGGCAAUCAUGAUAUUGGAUUCCACUACAGCAUUACACCUCAACUUCAAAGUAGAUUUGAAAAGCAGCUAGAUGCUCCUCCUGUCAGACUAGUUAGUGUACGUGGGAAUCAUUUUGUCCUUAUCAAUUCAAUGGCGAUGGAGAGAGACGGUUGUGCAUUAUGUUCUCGAGCUGUGGAUGAAAUUGAUAAAAUUGCGGAUAUUUUAAAAUGCAGUAGCGGAUCGGCGCUCUGUAAAAGUCAUACUAAACUAGAACGGUAUAGUCGACCCAUAGUGAUGCAGCACUACCCAUUGUACAGAGAGUCGGACAGCUUGUGCACAGAACCCGACGCGGCGCCUUUACCCGAGAGGAACAAUUUAUUUGUGGAGCGGUGGCACUGUCUCUCUAAAGAGUCAACAGAGUAUCUAGUGGAGAGUUUGCGUCCGCGCGCUGCUUUCGGUGCGCAUACGCACCACAGCUGCAUGUUGCGACACAGCUUCGUACCCACUGAGAGCCACAAGAUUGAGUUUGUAGAGUACACGGUGCCAUCAUUCUCCUGGAGGAAUAGGCCAGACCCUAAAUAUUAUUUGUUGACGGUGAGUCCUGAAGAAGUGAAAGUAUCAAAGUGUGCGAUGCCUCGCGAGUGGAACAUGCAGGUGACGGCCGUUGUAAUGUUGCUGCUGCUUCUUCUCUACUGCAAAUACCAAAUUUCAAGACCAACACAAUCCAACUACAAGUUACUAUCUGGCAAAAAGGUGUGAAUCAUGCAUUUCAGAUUUUUUUUUAUAAAUUAGAACAUAAUUAACAUGGAUAUUUCGUCGACUUCGCCAACACACCGAUGUUUGAACCGUCACUUGCUUGGUAAUACUUUAUUAGAAUAAUUUAUGAGAUUUUUUAAUUGUUA